CCGGCUCACUGUGACGUCACAAACAGUCGCUCUGCGAACCGCACUUCCGCAUCCCUUCUGCAGACAUUCGUCCUCCCCUAAGUUCGCUGGUGUUGGGUCCUGCUCCUCGCUCUCGGUCGGAUCUCUAACAUGGAGGAAAUGCUAUCAUUCAGGGAUGUGGCCAUUGAUUUCUCUGCAGAAGAAUGGGAAUGCCUGGACCUUGCUCAAUGGAAUCUGUACAGGGAUGUGAUGUUGGAGAAUUACAGCAACCUCGUGUUCCUGGGUCUUGCCUCAUGUAAGCCAUACCUGGUCACUUUUCUAGAGCAAAGACAAGGGCCUUCAGAUGUGAAGAAACAAGAAGCUACAACCAUACACCCAGGGGGAACGCCCUAUAAAUGUCAAGAAUUUGACAAGGCCUUUGAUUGGAACUCACUCCUUAUUCAACACCAGAGAAUUCAUCCUGUGGAGAAACCCUACAAAUGUGAAGAAUGUGGUAAGGUCUUUAGUGCUCACUCAGCACUCUCUGUACACCAGAGACUUCAUACAGGAGAGAAACCCUACAAGUGUGAGGAGUGUGGCAAGGCCUUUAGUACUCGCUCAGCCCUUUAUAUACACAAGAAAAUUCAUUCUGGAGAAAAACCCUACAAGUGUGAAGAAUGUGCAAAAGCAUUUUAUUUCCCUUCAUUACUUAAGCAACAUCAAAGAACUCAUUCUGCAGAGAAUCUCUGCAAGUGUGAAGAGUGUGGCAAAGCAUUUUAUUUGCCUUCAUUCCUUAAGCAACAUCAAAGAAUUCAUUCUGCAGAAAAUCCUUACAGGUGUGAAGAAUGUGGUAAAGCCUUUUCAUAUCCCUCAACCCUAAAGCAACAUCAAAGAAUUCAUUCUGGAGAGAAGCCGUACCGUUGUGAAGAAUGUGGCAAAGCCUUCCGUAGAUCUACAUACUUUCACCAACACCAAAGAAUUCAUACUGGAGAGAAACCCUACCAGUGUGAAGAGUGUGGGAAAACAUUUUACUAUCGUUCAAACCUGAAGGGACAUCAAAUUAUUCAUUCUGGAGUGAAGCCCUUCAAGUGUGAAGUGUGUGGCAGCAUGUUUAGAACUAGCUCGGACCUUUCUAAGCACCAGAGAAUUCAUGCAGAGGUGAAGCUCUACAGCUGUGAGGAGUGUGGGAAAGCCUUCUCUACACAUUCGUACCUCAUUCGGCACAAAUUAGGCCAUUCUAGAGAGAAACCAUACAAAUGUGAAGAGUGUGGCAAAACAUUUUGUUAUCCUUCAAUCCUUAAGGAACAUCAAAGAAUUCAUUCCGGGGUGAAACCCUACAACUGUGAAAUAUGUGGCAGUAUGUUUAGAACUCGCUCAGAACUUUCUAAACACCAAAGGAUUCAUGCAGAGGUGAAGCUCUACAGCUGUGAGGAGUGUGGGAAAGCCUUCUCUACACAUUCGUACCUUAUGCGGCAUAGACUUGGUCAUUCUGGAGAGAAACCUUACAAAUGUGAAGAAUGUGGGAAAUCAUACAGCUACCCUUCACUCCUAAAGGAACAUCAAAGAAUUCAUUCUCAAAAUCCCUACAAGUGUGACGUGUGUGGGAAGGUCUUUUGUACUCGCUCAGGACGUUCUAAACACCAGAGAAUUCAUACUGGAGAGAAACCUUACAAGUGUGAAGAGUGUGGAAAAGGCUUUUCUACUCAUUCAUACCUUACUCUGCACAAAUUACUCCAUACUGAAGAGAAACCAUACAAAUGGGAAGAAUGUGGCGAGGUAUUUUAUACUUGCUGAAGAUUUAGUAAAUACCAAUAAAUUCACGCUGGAGAGAAACUCCACAAAUGUAAAUAAUGUGUCAAAAUGUUACUUCAGGCUUUGAACAACACCAAAAAACUUCAUUCUGAAGAGAAACCUUACCUUUAUUAAUCUUUAAGGCGUCAUUAAACUCAAGGUCCUUCCUGCUGUAGAGAAACCCUACAGAUGUGAAGGAUGUGGCAGAAUGUUUUUCUGUACUUCAAACUUUAACAUCAAAGGGCUCAUUCUCAAGAGAACCCCUUCAAGUGACAAGGUAGUGUGUGGUACCUUGAACUUUGUCUAAGGGAGGGUUUAUUCUGGAGAGAAACUUUACACAUGUGAAGAAUUUGGAAAAUCCCUUUGAACUCAUUCAUCCGUGACUCUGAUCUUGGCAAAGUUCAGGAUGUUUGUUUGUUAGGUUGUGGUCAGACCUGUUGGCUGUGGGAGGAACCACGUUUUUGGACUAAGACCCUGGAUUGUAUAAAAGGAGAAAGUGACCUGAGAACAACCAUUCAUCUGUCUUCUUCUGCUUCCUGACUGUUGAGGCGACAAGAGCUUCCGCUACUCCUGCCCAAACAUUCUCCCUGUGAUUCCCAGUGUCAUGGUUUGAAUGAGAAAUGUACCCUGUAGUCUUAGGCGUCUGAACAUUUGUUCCCUGUUUGGGGAGGAUUUGGAGUAGGUCACUAGAGGUGAACUUUGAGAUUAAAAAGCUCCCUCUGCAUCCAGUUUGCUCUCUCUGCUUCCUGCUUGCUUUGAGGAUGUGAACUCAGCUUCCUGCUUCAGCCAUGCAGCUUCUUGCCAUGCCCUCCAUCUAUCUUGGACUUUGAUCCCUUCUGUACCAUAAAGUCAAGUCAUCCCUCCAUAAGUUGCGUUGGUCAUAGUGUAUAAUCACAACAGAAAAGUAACUAAUAAAAACAUUGCCCUUGUACCAUGA